AACUAACUUCCUGAAUGCUGAGCUCAGCACGCUCAGCUGAUCUUCCAUCAGGGCCAUUCUUCAACGGUUCCAAGUCGUCGAAUAUCUCUCGUUCGAGAUGGACAACACUGCAGUGAACAUCGUUGGAGGAGGCGAAGAUGAGAUGCGACAGAAGGUGUGCGACACAAUCGCCGCUCGGGCCAAGGAGGCCGCGGCGAGUCGCGGGCAGUUCACGAUCGGUUUCUCUGGCGGCAGCGCUGCUAAGAUGGUGUGCUCGGGGCUCCGCAGCCGCAAGGACGUAGAGUGGGGCAAGUGGCACGUGUUCACCUGCGACGAGCGCCACGUCCAGCUCUCAGAUCCCGACUCCAACAUCGCCUACGUCCAGCGUGAGCUCCUCGACCACGUGGGCGUCCCUUCCAGCAACGUCUACCCCAUCGACCCGUCCGUGGACGUGAGCGCGGCCGCGGAAGACUACGUUGCCAAGCUGAGGAAAGUGUUCCCGGACAAGAGCCAGGUUCCGAAGUUCGACUUUCUCAUCCUGGGGAUGGGUCCUGACGGACACACGUGCUCUCUCUUCCCCGGCCAUCCCGGACUGGAGGAAAUGAAGAGAUUGGUCAUUCCCAUCACCGACAGCCCCAAGCCACCACCAAACAGGAUCACACUCACCUACCCCGUGCUCAACAAUGCUAGGUGUGUUGUGGUGAUAGGCACAGGGUCCAGCAAGGCUGACGUCAUCAAGAAGUGUCUGGAGCCGGACCCUGGCUCAGAGGAGCCGGCCCUGCCAAUUGCCCGAGUGUUCCCUCACACAGGAGAGCUCAUCUGGUUCUUGGAUACUGCCUCCGCCAGCAAGCUGAGCAAGACAAACGCCUGAGACUCGAUCCCUGUUCUCAAAUGAGAAAUGACAAUUUUUGUAUGAAAAUUCUUUGUAAGAUUUGCUGUAAGCAUAACGGCUGCACAAAUCGUAUGGCAAUGGACAGUUUCUUGGAUAUUAUAGUGUACCAGA